CUCUCCACUCCUUUCCCUCCCUCACUCUUUCCAACAUCUAAAUGUGUGGCAGAAUUUGAAUAGAGCUUCUUUCUGCACUCCUACACAGGCAGGAGCAAGAGGCCCCUGUAGUCGCUGGCACUGGGAGCUUUGCAGCAUCAACGGUAACGAUGACCCCCUUGUUUCUGCUGUGUGUGUCCUUACCACUCAUCUUGGCAACAAUAUCUUCUGAAGACCAUGAUAAUGUUAAUGGCACACUACGUGUCAGCAUCCCUGUGGAGAUGCCUCUUCAUCCUCUCCUGGGGGGAAAGGUGGUGGUGCCAUGUUACUUCCUGGAUAAUAGCCUCAAUGACACUGGAACACAGACCAUCGCCACACUCUCCCACCGCAUCAAAUGGACCUACAUCACCAAGGACAAAGUCGACACCAUCUUAGUGGCAUCACAGGGCAAAGUUGAGGUCAAGCAAGAUUAUUUGGACAGAGUGAUGUUGGUUAACUACCCGCUGGUGCCCUCUGAUGCCACCAUGGAAAUGACAGAGCUUAGGUCCAAAGAUUCUGGCAUCUACCGCUGUGAGGUGACGCAUGGCAUCGAGCAUAACUCCGAUACUGUGGAAAUGCAAGUUCAGGGUAUUGUGUUCCAUUACCGUGCCAUCUCCACGCGUUACACCUUGACAUUUGAGAAGGCCAAGGCAGCCUGUAUCCAGAACAGUGCCACCAUUGCUACCCCAGCCCAACUGCAGGCUGCAUAUGAUGAUGGAUUCCACCAGUGUGAUGCUGGAUGGCUUUCUGAUCAGACGGUCAGGUACCCCAUUCAUCAUCCACGAGAACCCUGCUACGGAGACAAGAGAGAACUUCCUGGUGUCAGGACCUAUGGAGUGAGAGACGUCAACGAGACCUACGACGUGUAUUGUUUUGCUGAAAAGAUGCCAGGCAGAGUCUUCUACUCUAUGUCUGUAGACAAGUUUAGCUUCUACGAGGCAAAAGAUCAGUGUGCUAAACUUGGUGCCAGACUUGCCACCACAGGAGAGCUUUACCUCGCCUGGAAGAAUGGUAUGGAUGUGUGUAAUGCUGGCUGGCUGGCAGACAGGAGUGUACGUUACCCUAUCAACAUCGCCAGGCCUCAGUGCGGAGGGGGCCUCCUGGGAGUGAGAACCGUCUACCUGUUCCCCAACCAGACUGGGUACCCCUAUCCAGAUGAUCGCCAUGAUGCCAUUUGCUUCCAAGCUGAUGAGGACAAAGAUGCCGUGCCUGGGCGGACCACUCCAUUCCCAGACAUUGUUACCGUGACGCCUCCUUCUAAGGUGCCGGACAUCAUCCCUUCAUCUAAAAAUGAAGAGGUCAAAACUGAAGUAGUAACUCUGCCCCCACUACCUAUACCUCCAAGUAUGACAGAUGUAGAUGCCCCUAUGGCUCCGACUGGUGUGGUGUUCCACUAUCGACCCAUUACUGGUCGGUAUACUCUAACGUUUUUGGAGGCUCAGCAGGCUUGCCAGAACAUUGGGGCAGUCAUUGCCAGUCCUCAGCAGCUGCAGGCAGCCUUUGAGAAAGGUCUGCAUCAAUGUGACGCCGGCUGGUUAAGCGACCAAAGUGUCCGGUAUCCAAUUGUGUCACCCAGAGAAAACUGUGCUGGUAACCUUCUAGACCUCAAAGGAGUCAGAUCCUAUGGCCUGAGACCAGCUGCUGAACUCUAUGAUGUAUACUGCUAUGUUGAACGUUUGACAGGUGUGGUCUUCUUCACCACUGACUAUGGCAGAUUCUCCUAUGAGGAGGCUGUGCAUCACUGUGAGAAACUUAACGCCACCCUGGCCACUCCUGGGGAGCUCUAUGCUGCCUGGAAUCAAGGACUUGACCAGUGCAGUCCUGGCUGGUUGAUGGACCGCAGUGUCCGCUUCCCUAUCACAACCCCCAGGUCUCACUGUGGAGGCAGCCAGGUGGGGGUCCACACCAUCUACGCCUACCCCAACCAGACAGGCUUCCCCAGUGAGGACUUGCACCAUGAUGCCUACUGUUUUAGAGCUGAAGUUCCCGUUGUUCAUGUUGACAAUGAAACCAGUGUAUAUUUGACCACAGUGACUGAGGAUCUUAUCAACAAGACAAUAGCUAUCACUGAUAGCACUGUUGCAACUACUGUAGACUACAAUGAAACUGAAACCAGUACAAACAUUACUGAUAUUGACUUUGUCAAUGAGACCAUCAUCACACCUCAAAAGGUUAUUCCUACAGUCAAAACCAUUCCAGUACCAGUUGAUUUUUCGGGCUCUGGUUCAGCUGAACAUUCAGCCAGUGGAGAUUUCUCUGGAGAGUCUGGCACCUCCACCUCCAGCGGUGGUGGAUCUGGGUCAGAUGUGGAAGUCAAGUUUAGCGGAGACAGUGAUGUCUUCUCUGGAGACCAGUCUACCUCUGGAGGACAACAGGAGGCAGAAAGGGGAAGUGUUGACAUCUUCACAUCUGGAGAACCUGGUAGUGCAUCUGGAGAACCUGGUAGUGCAUCUGGAGAUCUGGGUAUUGCAUCUGGAGAACCUGGUAGUGCAUCUGGAGAUCUGGGUAUUACAUCUGGAGAACCUGGCAGUGCAUCUGGAGAUCUGGGUAUUGCAUCUGGAGAACCUGGUAGUGCAUCUGGAGAUCUGGGUAGUGCACCUGGAGAUUUGGGUAGUGCAUCUGGAGAACCUGGUAGUCCAUCUGGAGAUCUUGGAAGUGCAUCUGGAGAUCUUGGAAGUGCCUCUGGAGAUCCUGGUAGUCCAUCUGGAGAUCUUGGAAGUGCAUCUGGAGAUCUUGGUAGUGCAUCUGGAGAUCUUGGUAGUGCAUCUGGAGAAACUGGCACGGUAUCUGGAUCUGGGGAGGGGUUUGACAAAGAAUACUCUGGCUUCAUUACAUCUGGAUCAGGUUUUCCCAGUGGAAGUGGGGACACCAGUGGCAGCAGCGGAGACUCCAUAAUAAUCAUGUUAGAUGGAAAGAUGGUGGAAGUUUCACAAACCCAGCAAAAGGCCACCGAGCAGGAACUAGGCCGAGCAGGAUUUGAUAUCUUGGAAUCAAGUGCAUCUGGGUCAGGAGGUAUGUCUGCAUCAGGUUCCCAAGAGUUUUCAGGUCGCAUUGACUUGACGGUCCUACCAUCUCUGGAGAAAGAGUUGUCUGGAUAUCCCAUUGGAUCAGGGUUUCACAGUGGCUUUUCCAGUGGUUUUCCAUCUGGUUUUUCAGGCAGUGGCUCUGCCUCUGGACACUCUUUGCAGCAUCACGAUGAUGUCAUCUACUUAACAGAUGAUGAAAUGGUAGAAAUGACUCUACCAACACUGGUACAACAUCCUGAGCAGGGCAGGGGUGUGGUGGAGAUAAGUGGGCAAGGAAGUGGUUCAGGGAACAGCAUUUUAGAUCAAAUCUUGCAGCCAUCAGGAAGUGGCACCACUCUGAAUUUGGAGGAACUGCAGAUUUAUUCAGCUUAUGAUCAAUCAGGACAUGAGGAAAAAGUCCAGGAGGGGAGCACACCCUACAUCAGUCCAACCACAGUACCAUCUGUGUCUUUAGUCACUCCUGCUGUUGUGGAGGAGCCAGAAGUGAAGAAAGCUGUGCAGGACUGUCCCGACAACUGGGUGGAGUUUAUGGGCAGCUGUUACCGCCACUUUACAGAGAGAGACACUUGGGCUGAAGCUGAGAAACACUGUCAGGAACUCAAUGCCCACCUGGUCAGCAUCAGCUCCCAGGAGGAGCAGCAGUUUCUCAUCUCUAAUGGUGAGGAAUACCAGUGGAUUGGACUCAAUGACAAAGAUAUGCAGAAUGUGUUCCGCUGGACAGACGGGAGUCCCCUGACCUUUGAGAACUGGAGGCCCAACCAACCAGAUAACUACUUUGACUCUGGGGAAGAUUGUGUGGUUAUGAUCUGGCAUGAGGGUGGACAGUGGAAUGACGUGCCCUGCAACUACUACCUUCCCUUCACCUGCAAGACUGGACCCGUCAUGUGUGGCCCUCCCCCUGAGGUGGAACAUGCCCAGCCGAUGGGCAACAUCACGCCACGCAGCCCUGUCAACUCUAUAGUCCGCUACCAGUGUGACGCAGGCUACAAACAACGCCACCUGCCUGUCAUACGCUGUAUGGAUGACGGACAGUGGACAGAGCCGCAAGUGGAAUGUAUAGAAGCUGGUGCCAGCCAUAACAGGCUAAACAAAAGGUCCCUCAGGAGAAGAAGUAAAGGAGUGAGCACCCCGUGGGAGCAGAGGAAACUGCCCUGAGCAGCACUGAAAGGACAUACAACAGAGAGCCACAAAGGACCCCUCGUGUAAAGAAGCAUGGACACCAAUGCAAAUGCCCGACCAAAAAGAUAACAUGCCCUCCCCUACCAUGGAUUUUCACCAACUGAAGCACAUUUAGACUGAUAGUGUAACUAACUGAUGUUUUGGGUCUUUAGCAGUCACCCGUCACCUUCUUAAGGCACUUUUCUUUGUAUUUAUAACAUUUAAUUUAUAGCUAUUAUCCGGUAUUUUAAAAAAUCUUAACGCAAGAUAGUUUCUGCAAUGAACUGCCAGCACUGCAGACAAGGUCAGUUAGAUAAAACUGUCCGUCAGUCAAGAGAGGCUGAAGAGUAACAUGCAAAGUCCAAAACAGCCCAGUACAUGUGGUUGACUCUCUGAAGUCAAAUUCAUUGUUAGUAUGUAAGUGUUUUCCAAGAUCUGUGUUUCUUUCUUUUUUUGGGUCUUUGGAUAUAAAGACAGAAUCUGAGUGUUUUGGAGAACUGAAACAGUUUUUUUCUUUCAAUCUACAUAGACAGUGAUGAUUAAAUCUUCUGGCUGUGACAGCCAUACAGAAUGCAGUAAAGUCAUUUCAUCUGAACUGAGGAGGCUUUGAAAAUCUGAACAAAUUUUCUUAAAUAUCAGUAAAGUCUUGGCAGCACAUUGGUACAAAAGAAAUCCAUUCUUUAAUCCUGUAGACCUGUGGUUCUCAAACUGGAAAACGCCUUCUUCAGAAGGUGAUAAAGGUUCCACCCCCCCCCCAAAAAAGUCAGGAUUAUCACACCAGCUAACUCUUGUUUCAUUUUUUACAUACUAAUAUUUUUAAAUACAUUUUAAAAUCAAAUCAAACAAACAAAAACUAUAAAUCAUUUUUUUUAAUUCUUUCAUUUUAGUUUAAAUUCAGUUUGACUAUAGUUUGUCAUCUAUCCAGUGCUGCAAUAAUUUGAAAUCAUCUUUCAAGCCUUGAAUGAUUUUGUCACAACCUCCUCAGUGCUAACACAUCACCACAGCUUCAGAUAUGCUGAAAUGAAUGUGCUGUUGUAGUUGAUAACGAGAAAGUUCAUGAUUGAAGUGCAACAAUCCUGGACUGAAACAGCAGGCACUCAUGCACUUUGGAAGUUUUUGCUCAUUUCUUUGCUUAUCAUUUGAAUCCAAUGCGCCUUAAAUUUAAAAAAAAAAAAAAAAAAAAGGAAGUCAACUCAAAAACAGCGUGACCUGCCAUCUGCUGGUGGAAAAGAUGCUCAUAUUGUCUUUAAAGUUGGGUAGAUUUCUUAAAGGCAGUCCUUAACUUCUGUUUUUCUUAAAAUAUAUUUCUUACUGUAAAUAUUCUCAGAAGAAUUCUCUGAACAGCAGGAUCUGUCAUAACUUACAACGCGCACGCAGUUUAAUUGUUUUGAUUUAUUCAUCAUCUACUUUUUUGUCAGUUUGUUAGUUAGUUAACUGGACAGUUAUGCAUCACCAAACACAUGGGCAUUUGACAGCCACCAGUACAGAGGAAAAAACAGGCUGUUUUUUUCUUUGGUUUGUUUAUUUUGUGGAGGUUUCUGGCUGUGUGUCAAGUAACAGGGUAUUAUUGACAGACAUACUUAAAAAGAAUAAAUUAGAAGCAGCAGAAAUUAUGAAAAAUAAUGACAUGUAGGGUUCAUUUGGGGUGGAUGAAACAAUUCUGAAAUGUUGACCAUGACCUGUUAAGGUCAAGAUUUGCUUCACCUCUGAGAGAAUGCAGAUAUUUUAGUGCAUAUGUGACCUUUUACAGACCAGCUCACAAACACUGAAACGUCUUAGUCUCUCAUGGACACACAUACAAAAGUGGAUCAUGGAACUCACAAACCAAAUGCUUACACAUUUGUAGGUUUUUUUUUUUUUUAUAACAUUCAAUUAUAUGAAUGAAAUCCAUUGAUGCUCCCUCUGUACUGCAGUACUGUGCAUAAUAUGUGCAAAGCUCAACAUGAAGAGUGAGUCUGUUUCAGUGUUUGUGAACUACUGGUUCUUCCAACAACUGAAGAAAUAAAGCAAAGUGAUCACAUAGACGUAAAUUCUGCUGUAACUCUGUUCAGAUCCCAACUUCUGAUGUGAACAUACAGUAUACCGUAAUGUGCUGUACUGAAUAAAACUUGGAAUCAUGUGUAUCUUGGAAA